AUGGCGUCCAAACAAAUCCAUUUCAUUGCUGUCAUGUAUCCGGACCCGGAGAAGGUCGACAGGUUGGUCGAGAUUAUCGAAACUCUUUCGGCAUUCGUUCACGAUCAUGAACCUUUUGUUUGGCAGUAUGAGUUUUAUAAGUCCACGGAAGAUAAUCGACCGGUCAUAGUCGUCACUGAACGGUUCUCCGACCAGGCUCACAUGGACAUUCACAUGCAAUCCGAGGCAUAUCAGAAGUUCAAGCAGGUCCUUGCCGAUGAGAAAAUAUGUGUUCAGGAUCACAAGCUUUACUUCCUAUCGCAAUUUGCUGGUUGGAAGCGAACUUAA